AUGUCAGGACGAGGGAGACAUUACCGCGGUAACCGUAACAGAAACCAACAAACCUUAUCCUCCGUGGCGCGAGAGACGGCCGCGUCCCUCGCCCCGGACAGUUUGGUGUUGGUCAUGUUCAGAGCCGCCGCUGGCAAAUUAAAUGACCGCCAAGAUCGACACGAGAGAUUGGUGAAACUAUCCCGAGAUAUAACCAUGGAGAGCAAACGCAUAAUUUUUUUGCUGCACUCUGCAAUUACUGAAGAAGCAACAAAGAAAGCUGUAGAAGAUGCGAAUGAUAGACUGAAAAAACUGAUCAAUGGAUCUCUAAAAGCCAUUGGUAUAGAGCUGGAGAACAGUCCAGCAUAUUUACAUUCAAGAGCUGUUACAGCUGGUUUCCAGGAGUUCAUUGAGGCUAGGACACUAUGCUCAUUAAUGGAGAAGAAAGUUAUCAUUCCAUAUGAAGAUGUACAGAAUGAACUCACAUACAAAAUAACCGAGGAAGUUGAUGGGAUUGAGACAGAAAGGACAGUUGUGACAAUGAUGCCACAUGGUGAUUAUAUGUUGGGUAUAGCGGAUCUGACUGGGGAGCUGAUGAGACGAGCUAUAAACACAAUAUCUAGUGGUGAUAGCGCUGAAUGUGUUCAUGUUUGCCAAGUUGUGAGAGAUCUGUACACUGGGUAUUUAGGUCUUUUUAGUAUGGGCAAAGAAUUGUGCCGCAAAAUAAACGUAACCCGCGCCAAUGUGGCAAAGGUUGAGGGGGCAGUUUAUGCAUUGCACGUUCGAGGUGGGGAGGCGCCCUUGACCCAUAUAGUACCACAGACUACACUGCAGCAGGACUGGGACAACAGCACUCAUCUGUCUGAUGAUGAAGGAUAUUACUAAUUAAUAAUUAAGUGUAGAUUAAAUUAUAAUUAUGUUGAAUAAUGAGUAUUUAAUUUAGAAUAUUCGUUUUCUAGAUGUCAUUAUUUACUAUUUAGAAGUCAUAUAUUUUUUACGUUAAUAUUUGUAGUUGUGCUAUUCUGAACGGAAGAGACACGAACAAAUCAAAGAUUAUAAAAAUCUAUGAAGCAAUUUUUGACUUAUAAAUAGUAAAAGUGAAGCUAACGCACUUUCAUGAAACGUGUUACACAACAAACAUGUAGUAAAAAUACUAAUAUUAAAAUAUAAAAAACUAGCUACUCGCCCCGGCUUCGCCCG